AUGAUUAUCUCGGUCUGUCCAUGUCUAUCUCAUUACCCUGAUAUCUACAGCCACACAAACAUAAAGACUUGCAAAUCCAAUCUCUUCGGGGACGGAGGUGGUGAACAAUAUCAUCUCAAUUUUUAUUAUCUCUCUCUCUCUAUCUCUUUUCAUAUCUAUCUUGUUUUCACUCUCUUAUUCUCUCUGAUUCUUCACGUUUAUUUGUUUUUCUCUCUGUUCAUUUUUUUCGCUCUCUGUCCUUUGUCAGCCUUCUCUCUCUCUCUCUCUCUAUCUCCCUCUUUCUCUCUCUCUCUCUCUCUCUCUCUCUCUCUCUGUGUUCACGUCUCUAUUUGCCUGUCCGCCCCUUUGUUUCUUUCUCUCUUCAGUAAUCUCUCUCUCUUUUCAUGCCUGAUUUUCUUCCUUUUUCUCUUUUCAUAUCUUGAACAUCUCCCUUCAUAUCUUUUCUUUUCUUUUUUUUUUCUUUUUUCUUUUCUUUUCUUUUUUCUUUUCUUUUUUCUUUUCUUUUUUCUUUUUUCUUUUCUUUUUUUCUCUUUUUUUUCUAUUUCUUUUCUUUUUUUUCUCUUUUCUUUUUUCUUUUCUCUUUUUCUUUUCUCUUUUUCUGUUCUUUUUUUUCUUUUUCUUUUCUCUUUUUUUUCUUUUCUCUUUUUCUUUUCUUUUUUUCUUUUCUUUUUUCUUUUCUCUUUUUUCUCUUCUCUUUUUUCUUGGUGCAGUUUUCAUCUAUCUAUAACCUUUUUGCUCCCCUCUCCCUCCCCUGCCAACUCUGCGACACAAUUCUAUCGCCGACUACUUACUAACCUGUGA